AAGCGUUUUGUAUUUUUGACUGGGUAAGUGUAGACGUGCUCACUGACUCAGUCUCACGCUUCAUGACACACUCUUCGUAAUCAACUCUGUGUUUGCGCUUGAGAUGGUAGAACAAAUUUGUCGUGACCUCACCUUUUGCCGUCACCCUUGCUUUGCAAACUUUGCAUAUUACGGUCUCUUGCUCCAGAUCUGCUCUAUCGAAACCAAACCAUUUCCAUAUUAGGGCCCGGUUUAGCAACAAUUUUUUCGUCUGUAGUCUCCGCUUCUCCCCCGCCUUCAGCAACGCUCAUUUUCUCUCUUUUGUUGUUUCUGCUCUGCCUUUCUCUGCCACCAAUUGACCAUGCUUAGGGCCCUAUGAAGUCUGUCUUAUUUUUUCACAAAUUCCGUUUUAUUUUUUCCAACUUCCAUUUAUUCUUUUGUAAUUUUUUAGAAUUCUGUUUUUUACAUUUUACACUUUUUUUUAAACCAGGAUAGCGUGUGUGUGCGCUUUAUGGGUUAGUGAAUAAAAUGUCAGUUAAUUAAAUACAAAAAUCCUGAUAUUUAUUGAUGCAAUACAUCCCAGGACAAUUUUGUCCAGUAAUUCAGAAAUGGAUGUAGCUUGGCUAACUCUGCUAAUGUGAUGUCAGCCUCUGCACAUAUUGUGACAAAAUCUUCAACAAACUGUAAUGCCCGUGCAUAGAAAGACUUGUCUGUUUGCUAUUACUAAUCAUGGCAGACUUUGUGAGCGCGGCCGCCAAUGCAGCUGCUUUCAAAACAUGCAAUACAUAAAAUUACAACAAAAUACAUUACUUGGAACAUUUUCAAAAUGAUUUUAAUGAAGACAUUAACUUGUGAACGUAUGAGCCCCUGUAAAACCUGCGUGGAAGUGUGAAGUGAAGUGGGACGCUGUGUAGUAGUCUUAUACUAAUGAUGGACAUGGGAGUUAACAGUUGCAUAUAUCUUUAUUUGUCUUUAAAACGUAUUACAGUAUAGUAUAUAGUAUAUUAUAGUAUAGUAUAAUAGUCUUAUAGACUGUAGACAUAUUAAUGGAUUUAUCGAUUAUCGUGACAGGCCUAGUCUUAUAUUAGAGCAUGGUGUACAUGUGGAUUAACAGUUGCAUCUAUCUUUGUUUCUCACAGAGAUCAAACUUACACAACGUUAAAACGCUGUAAUACGAUCUCUAAAAGUUGCUUGAAAAAAACCUAGAAUGUUCUCCUUGACGGGCCCUGAUAGCGUGUUUCCGCAAGGACGUUAUUCUCGUGGGGCACUUAAGUGUGGUGUUAUAUUGUUUUACAAAGUCACAGCUUACCAUGGUGCGGAAAAAUGUAGUUUGUUUCGCCAUAUCACUCGUUGUCUUCUGUGUUGCAGCCGAGUGAGUGUCACAGGCAGAGCUGCACCUCACUGGUCUGUGUGUUUAUGUGUGAGGGGGACGGCCCAGGUACUUGGGUAGGGAGCAGCACAGAGACACAGGAACGGAAUGACAGAAUCUCUGCGCAGCAAAAAAAGUUAAUAUAUCGGUUGCAUAUUCACCGCUGUUGAUUAAUUGGUCAUACAUUAUAAUGGGCCCGAUUCAUCGGCGGGGCUCUAGUAGAGAGAUCCGUAUUGACAAUUUAGCGACAUGGCCUCUAUAUUUAGCGAGUUGGGGUGCGCAUUAAAAGUAAAAGACAGGAAGUGUUUCUUGUGUCAUGCACUUAUUUGGGGUCAACAAAGGUGAAGUAUCUGCCGCGCAAGCGAGUGGGGGUGGAGCUCUACCUCCGAUUGUGCGGAAGUGUCACCUUGCUAUACAGAUCUGAAAGCUGCAUAAACCCUUCCACAAGGCAACCCAAGCCCCUGACCACCAACAGAGCCAAGAAGCAAGAGCUUGGAUACACUCCUCCAUCGCCUUGAAACACCUCGCCUUCCUGGCCAAACAUGCAUGGGGGUCCACAGUGUCGCCCAGGGGCUAAGUAGAUAAGACAAAAACAGAAGUAAUUUUCCGCCAAAGAUGAGGAUCCAAGGACAACCAGAGGGUGCGAGGCGGCGUCUGGAUUUAAGCACGGUCGGCGAGCUGAGGAGCAUUGAGAUCAUCCGCGGACGAGCGGGCUACGGUUUUACCAUCACGGGACAGCGACCAUGUUUGCUGAGCAGCAUCCUGAAGGGAAGCCCGGCAGACGUGGUGGGACUCAAACAAGGAGAUCGCAUUCUUGUGAUCAACGGAGAAGACGUUUCCGCUGCUUUGCAUGAGACCGUGGUACAGCUGAUUGGUAGCUGUGUCGGACCAUUGCAGUUGGUCGUUCAUGCUGAUGGACGGGUCAUUGGAAACCCCAUCAUUAGGGAUGAAAAAUUUGUCAUAAGCCCUAAGAAGGGUCUUUUCCAGAAGGUUCUCCGCACUGUCUCACAUGAUCCGAGCAACUCUGACAACUUGCAUCACACGCUCGGCAGCAAACCGAGACCCCUGUCAGAACCGAUUAUGUCACAGUGGUCCAAUCAGUGGAGCGUUGUGGCACAGAAACCAAAGGACUGGAGUUCAGUUUUGUCAGAGGAUGCUAAAACAGACUGGGGCAUUUUAAACAUGACCCUAGUGGUGGGCUACCUGAGCUCUACGGAACUGAUUCUAAACACGACGGAAUCGGAGGAUGACUGCCUGAAAGCCAUCCGAGAGCAAAUACGCAAGUUGGGCACUGAGCAGGACACCCAUACCCUAGUGAUGAUGAGAAUCACAUUUGACUGCAUCCGACUUUGCGAUGACAUGGGUGCCGUACUUGCCGCCUUUCCCACAGAGAACCUGGUCCUGGGAGCCGUGUGUGCUGAGGACCCUCGUUUCUUUUGCCUGGUCACGACUGCGCACAUUAUCGAUGGCUGCGUCCCACAAGACGGUCCCUUAAGGGCCUCCUGCCAUGUUUUCUUCAUGGAUCCAGACCUGGGGAAUCAUGAGGAGCAUGUCGGAAUUGCAGCACGCUUUGGUUUCGACUGCACUCCUGAUCCGCACACCUUUGCUUGCCUGGAGUUCCCCCAGACCCCACCAGAUGUCCUUCAUUUUGUCAUUGUACUUUACAGUGACAUGGGGGAUUCUGUGGAGAGGCUAAGAGCCAAACUGAACUCUGAGGCUCAGCAGCAAGCCAAAGAGAUCAGCAAACAAGGUAACGCUGGUAGCAGCGGAGACAGCGGGAUCAGCGGUUUAGGCAGCGCCUCACCCCCUGAGGAGAGGGAUUUCCCUUCUGUAAUCCGAAACCACCCCGGGGUCCUCCUCCCCACCUGUCCAUGGGAUAAUCCUGAAGACCACACCCCAAGAAACCUCUGCCAUAAUGGCGACAGAACUCACAACAGUGCCAGCUCCCUUUCAGAGUCGCUACCCGGCCCCGAUUCUCUCACUAACUUCUACGGCGGCCCCCCACCGAGGCUCAAUUUCCAAUUCAAGCCCCCACCUCCUCCACCCCUUCUCCCUUUGGGCAAGAAAACAAUUGCGGACCCUCUGAGGGGAAGCCAGCGGUGGUUCUCUAAACCAAAGUGGCAUAAAUCUGAUUCAGAACCGCAUGUGACAUGCAACAACAACUGGUUAUCAAGUGUUACAAGCACCCAGGACCAGCCGCCUCCCAUGUGUCAGAUAACCCCAAACAGGUAUCGCUCGGCCGAGAUCCUGAUGCAGCCCCCGAAAGAGGAAUGGACCAAAAGGUUACUGGAGCAGAGGGAAAAAGAACGCAAGAAUGGCAAAAAUGUCUCCAAAUUUUGGGAUAUGGGCGUCCUGCGUGCUUCCAAACGGCGCUCUUCCAAACGUCUGAGCCUGGCACGAUCGCUGGACAACCUCGAGUCGGCCGCUUCCUCUGACGGCGAUUACAGCGGUGUCCAGUUGCAGGGAUGCUGCAGCCACAGCAGCCUGAACAGUAAUGGCAGCCUCCCGAGUGGCCAUCGGAAUCUUCCGGAACAACGCGUAGCCAGCUGGGCCGCCUGCUUCGAGCGCCUCCUCCAGGAUCCGGUGGGCGUACGCUACUUUUCGGAAUUUCUCAAGAAGGAAUUUAGUGAGGAGAAUAUCUUGUUCUGGCAAGCCUGUGAAUACUUCAGCCAUGUUCCUGCAAAUGAUAAAAAACAGCUUUCCCAGCGAGCCGGAGAAAUCUACAACAGCUUCCUGUCCAGCAAGGCCACCAUGCCAGUCAACAUCGACAGCCAAGCUCAGCUGGCCGACGACGUCCUUACAUCACCACGGCCCGACAUGUUCAAGACGCAGCAGCUGCAGAUCUUCAACCUGAUGAAGUUCGACAGUUAUUCACGAUUCCUCAAGUCAUCACUUUAUCAGGAGUGUAUGCACGCCGAGGUGGACGGCCUACCCUUGCCAGACCCCUACCAGAUCCCCUGCAGUCCUGCGCCAUCCAAACACAGCGCUAGCUCAGACCGCUCUACCCUUUCCACACCAAAGAAGGAGGCCAGGAAACAGAGGUCGGGGAGAUCGCUUAACGAGGACAGCAGAGAUGAAAGCGUGGACAAAAAACGCGGCAUCUUCUUUUCGUGGUCCCGCAACCGGAGCUUUGGGAAGGGUCCCAAGAAGAAGGACAUUGGAGACAUUAACCUCGACUAUUGGGGUAGCAACGGUCGCCGUGAGUCCCAGGGGUCAUUGUCAUCUAGCACCAGCUUAGAGAUGUCCACUUCCUGCAAGAUGGAGUCGGAUAAUCGUCACUCUGUCGGGGCGUGGGAGCGCUCCUCCAAACACUGCAGCGUGAUGCUGCCCGACGGCUCGUCCUCGUCCAUCGUCCUCCGGCCUGGUGCCUCCAUUAGGGACGUCCUCCAAGUUCUGUGUCAUGGCAUCAACGUCAACAUCGCCGCCGUGGAUCUUUUCCUGGCGGGAGGGGAUAAGCCUUUAGUGUUGGACCAGGACUGCAUGACCCUCAGCUCACGAGAUUUGAGACUGGAGAAGAGGACCUUGUUCAGACUGGACCUGGUUCCCAUUAACCGCUCUGUGGGUCUGAAGGCUAAACCCACCAAGCCCGUGACAGAAGUCCUGCGCCCCGUGGUGUCCAAAUAUGGCCUCCACCUCAGCGACCUGCUGGUGAAAAUAAGCGGCGAGACGGAGCCUUUGGACUUGGGUGCCCCCAUUUCAACUCUGGAUGGCCUGAGAGUCGUGUUGGAGCGAGUCGACCCAGCCUCAACCAAAGACAACAAAUCCAAGCCGUUGAAAAGCCAACCACCAACCAGGAGUCUUUCUGCAACGGGAGAUGAGAGCCCAAAGGACUUUUCAUUGAGAGCACCAAGCGGUGCCGACUCAGCAUUUCACCAGGAGAAGAGAAAACAGAAAAAGAUAAAUAUAGAUGAAGCUGAAGAAUUCUUCGAGCUGCUGAGCCGGGCACAGAGCACCCGAGCCAACGACCAACGCGGGCUACUCACAAAAGAAGACCUGGUGCUUCCCGAUUUCCUCCGCCUGGUACCCCUGCCGACGUCCACCCCGACCAGAGGCCCCGGCCCCCGCUCAGAGAGCCUGGACUCCCACCUUGGCUCCAACGGACACUCUGCGCCGAAGCGGUGUUUGAUGCCCCCUGUGGGGCGCCACUUGCCGUUCGGCUUCCACCUGUCCCCCAUCCAGCGGCCGCCCAUCCAGGACGCCCGGCCCAGCCUCCAUACUGUGGAGGAGGACGCCCAUGCCGACUUGACCCUCGUGGGGGAGGGCGACAUUAACAGCCCUAACAGCACCUUGCUGCCUCCGUCACCAUCUCCCAUGCCAUCCCUGGAGGGGAGCCUGCCUGAGGCUAAUUUCACUCCGCCGCCACCGCCUUGCCCCCAGUCACAAGAGUCUACUUCAGAGGCUACCAAAGCUCUUCCGGAGGACGUGAGGGACGUGGAGGGCGUACAACUGGAGGACUUGGAGGGAGCGUCCCAGACGGAGGACUCUGAGCUCAGCCUGAGCUUUCAGGGUUACGUUGCUGAGCUGCGUCAGGUUCAGAGCAAAAUGAGGAACACCCACAUUCCACACGGGGGACAACAAGAUGACGACACAGACUGCAAGACGGACAUUUUUAAGGCCACCGUCGUCUAAACGGGACCAAAAAAUAAACCCUCCUUUGACUCUACUGCUGCACUUUUAAACACCCUCCCUCUAAUAAAUGACUCAUGGAUAUUGUAGAUGUGAUAUUUUUCAUGUUGUUUUUAUGUAAUAGAAAUUGAGCAACGUUACAAGAAAAAUAGGCUUUUUUCCCAUGAAUUAGUUGAUAAAGUUAGACACCUGAUUAGGUACAACCACUGAUCUGAGUAAGUCCGUUUCGUUAUUGUGGUCGUGUUUCUAAUAUGCUGCCUCUCUCCUGUAGCAAAAAAAAAGUAAAUAUUAGAAGCAGCUCAAGAGUAUGUAUGAUGAACUCAAGCCACAAUAAUAAAAACAUGAAGAUCCUGUUUUUAACAGCUAUUUCUUGUCCAUCUGUAAUGUAGUUUUUCAUUUUUUUACUUGCAUUUUUGUUAAUAUUUGAUUUUUAAAUAUGACUUUUGCGAUUUAAUUUAGUUUUUAUUUAAUUUUUAUUAUUGUUAAUUUGUCUUUCAUUAACAGCUUUAAUUUGUUCAUAUUGUAAUUUUUUUUUAUUAUUUUUGUAAAUUCAAUUAUUUUAAUUUUGUAAUUUGAUUACAUUUUUUAUCAUUCCUUUUUGUUAAUUUAGUUUUGUAUCAUUUCAUUCUGUUUUAUUUUUGAUGAUUUUGUUUAAUUAAACAUUUUUGUUUUUAUUGUUAAUUUUUGUUCAUCUUUAUAGCCACAAAAAAUGUAUUACAUUUUUUGGUUUAUUUAAUUAUUGUGUUUAUUUUAUUAUUAUUUGUGUAAAUAUUCUUUUUAGUGAGAUUUUAUUUAGUUUUUUUCAGAUAAUUUAGUUUUAUUUUCUUUGCUUGUUUAUUUUAUAAUUAUUUUGUUCCAUUAUUAAUUUUGUUUUAUAUUAAAUUUUUUCUAUUAUUGUUCAUUUCAGUUAAUUCUUAUUAUUAUUUUAUUACUUCCUGGUUUGUUUUAUAGUUUUUACAAUUAUUUUAUUUGAAUUUAGCAAUGUUGUCAAAGCGUAUAUAAAAUAUUCCCUUUAAGAGAGCUGUAUCACAUGGCUGUUUUUGUUUUUUUUAAUUGAAAAAAAGUUUUUCCUGUGUUGGAAAAUUCCGGAUGAUGGUACGGUUGUUGUACUUUUUGCUUCUGUGGUUGAAGUUGUUGAUUAAAAAAACAAAA